AUGGACCAAAGAUCUCAAGAUGGAUCCCUUUUCAUUUGUAGGCUCGGAAACGCUAGAUUAUCCCCUACGCAUCCGCAUGGACAUGGUUGGAACAGCUCAUACUCCGACCUCCAUGUCACUGUCCAGGUUUGGGCAGGCUCCAAGCCAAUCACGGUACCAGUGCAGACAGCCUAUAAGCCAUUUAAAAACGACAGAAGUUGGAACGAGUGGCUCGAUAUCCCUAUUCCGUACAAGUCGUUACCUCUAAACUCGUGCCUCGCGAUAACGAUAUGGGAUGUUUCACCAACAGGCGGAAAGCAGGCGCAGGGUCAUGCCGUUCCCUUUGGUGGCACUACUCUGCCCCUCUUUGACCAGGACAAUCAAGUCCAGAAAGGUAGACUGCGCUGUGUAGUGUAUCGAAAUCAAAAGGCAGACGGCAACGACAAUACGACCACACCGGCGAGCAUCAUCAGACGAAGAAAGGGAUCCAAGGACCCCGAUGUCGUUGUGGUGAGUAAAGAGGAGGAAGAACUGGAACGUUUGGACAAGCUCUACAAGAAAUAUGAAAUGAACGAGAUUCCUAAAGUGGAGUGGCUCGAUCGGCUCGUAUGGCGUGUGAUAGAGAAACGCACGAAAGAAGCGACAGGAAACUCAGUGAGGUCUCUCCAGCGGCAAACAAACAUGGCCCAGGAAGGCUUAAAGCCGGCGCAACAGAAUGGCACCAUCCAUCAAGAAGCCGACGAAUUUUCUAAACCGAGACCUUCGAAGUUCACCCUCCAUGUCGAGCUUCCGAGGUUUGAUUUCCCAGUGGUUUUUACUGAUCACGAAUACCCACCCCCUCCCAUGUCUGCUCUCCAGCAUUUGUCCGCCUCUCAAUCCAAUGUUGAUCUCAAGCCUCCCGUUGAGGUACAAUUUGGACCGGGCAUAAAUGGCCCUACGGACCCAAACGCUCGACUGGUCAGGAUUUAUGACCCUGAGGUGGGUGCAAAAGACAACCCUGCAGAGAGCAAGCAUAGGCGCCUGGUCAGAAGUCAGCAUCGCCACGGUAUCUUGGACAAGGACUUGAGACCUAACGCCAAGGUUCGGGAUGAGCUGAAUACGAUAAUGGCGUAUUCACCUACGCACACCUUGUCUCCGGAGGAGAAGGAUCUUGUGUGGAAAUUCCGGUACCACCUCACCAAGGACAAACGAGCGUUGACAAAGUUUGUCAAAUCAGUAAAUUGGCAAGACCAGAGUGAAGCAAAACAGGCCAUUCAAGUCAUUGCAAAAUGGUCAGAGAUUGACGUUGAUGAUGCAUUGGAACUUCUGGGCCCAACGUUUGACAACUCAGCAGUAAGAGCCUAUGCCGUGGAGCGGUUGAGAAAAGCAGACGACGACGAGUUGCUACUGUACCUGUUGCAGCUCGUCCAAGCUCUCAAGUUUGAACACAUUGCAACGGAUUCCGAUCAAGCAACCUUGGAGUCUUCGUCCCUGGCGACCUUCUUGAUAUCCAGAGCGGUAGAGAACUUCAAAUUGGGUAACUAUCUAUACUGGUAUCUCAGUGUUGAAUGGGACGACAAGAGCCCAGAGCAGGGCCAAGAAGUUCGCACCAUGUAUGCGAAAGUACAAUAUGACUUCAUGAUGGAGUUGACCAAACGAUCUGGUGGAGAGGACACCCGGAAUACUAUUAAACGUCAAGCCGAACUCAUUACCGUGCUGUCGAAAAUCUCAGGUGAGAUUCAAGCAUCGAGCGAAACGACAGUUCGCAAGGUCGAGCGAGUCAAAACUUUCCUGGCUGACCCGAAGAACGAAAUCUUGACCAUUGAGCCGCCCAUACCGCUGCCUUUGGAUCCAAGUGUCAUGAUAACGGGGGUUUUACCUGAGAAAACGCGUGUCUUCAAGUCAUCUCUGUCGCCGAUUAUGGUUACCUUCAAGACAUCCUCGGGAAUUGACUACCCCAUGCUAUUCAAGACUGGCGACGAUUUGCGCCAGGAUCAGUUGGUCAUCCAGAUCAUCACGCUUAUGGAUCAACUUCUACAAAAAGAGAACUUGGACCUCAAGUUGUCUCCUUAUAAGAUUCUCGCAACCAGUACUACAGCAGGCGCUUCGCAGUUUGUCCCCUCUCAAACAUUUGCCGCCAUAUCAUCCUCGUAUAAGAAAAAGACACCUGCGCUUGCCUACCUCCAAGAACACAAUCCGGAUGAACGUGCCUACUUGGGAGUGCGCAAGGAGGCUUUGGAGACUUUCGUCAAGUCGUGUGCGGGCUACUGCGUUAUCACUUACAUCCUUGGCGUUGGGGACCGGCACCUCGAGAAUCUGCUCCUCGCACCCGAUGGGCACUUCUUCCACGCCGACUUUGGUUUCAUAUUGGGCCGUGACCCGAAGCCCUUCGCACCGGCUCUCAAGCUCAGCAAAGAAAUGGUUGACGUGAUGGGAGGGUCCAAUCCUCCGAGUGAGCUUUACCUGCAGUUCAAACAGUAUUGUUUCCUAGCUUUCACAGCAUUGCGCAAGUCAUCAAACUUGAUUCUGAACCUGUUCAGUCUCAUGGUACACGCAAACAUCCCAGACAUCAAACUUGAACCUGACAAAGCGGUACUCAAAGUCAAAGAGAGGUUCCACCUGGAUCUGAAUGAAGAGGAUGCUAUCAGACUACUGGAAGACUCCUUGGAAUGGAGUAUUAUGGAAGUAGUUAGAUGCGUUGGGGCUCCACAUGGCCGCGACUCUGGAACCCACAAUCAAAAUCCCACUGGCCUAACCGGCUAUUUCAUGACGAUGCUUGUGGGGGGAUUUCCAUUAUCAGCUUAUCAAAAACAUCAAAAUGGAUCAAGUUUCCAGGAUCCAGACACAUGGCGGCUCGACCGGAAAGUUUGCCAAAUGUCGUCUUCAUGCAAGGGUCAGGGCACUGCAAGAAAGACAACGUACCACGUACUUUGGGAGCAAGGCCGUGAAACAACGGUGCUGAGAAGGGCAAGAAAGGUGGGAUUGUAA